UAGCAACAACAAAAACAACAACUGAGCAAACAUGCCGAAAAUCUUUUUGAUCAAAAAUCGUCUGCAUCAGCAGCAGCAGCGCCUGUUGGAAUCACAGAAUCUGCUGCAGCACAAGGCGCAGGAUGAUGAACGCUGCCUUGUGCCGCCGCUUAGUCCGAGCGCCUCGCACUCACGUCACGCUGAUCAGGCGCCAUUAUCGCCAACACCGACGCCGACGCCAACGCCGACGCCGACACCAACGCCCGCCAAUCCCGAGCCGGAGCCGGAUCCGCAGGGUCAGGCGGAGCAGGAGCAGCCGCUUAGCUUAAUUGCCGCCACCACCGCAUCGACAAACACAUCGACGCGCAAACGUUUCCAUCAUCGACGUCAUUAUUUUGGUCAAGCGCGACACAGUCUCGAGCUAUCGCAAGAGCAUGCCAGCAGCAACAGCAUUCAUUCCAAUAUCAAUUCGAAUGUCGAGCCCGAGCAAGUUCAAAAUGAAAAUAACGAUUGUUUAACGCCAGCAGAACUGUUGCAGCGCCUUAGCUGCAACAGCAACAGCAACAGCUCCACAGCGGAAACCUCUAGCACCACCACCACUACAACCACCACAACAGCCACCACCAACAGCAACAGCAACAUUAACAUUAAUAGAGCAGCAUCACCACCCGCAACAGCCACAAAAGACUGCGACGAGAAUUCGUUAACAGCAAAAGUAGGAGAGGUAGAAGCAGAAGUAGAAAGAGAAGUAGAAGUAGUAGUAGAAGUUGAGGUAGAACCAGAAACAGAAACUGAAACAGAAACAACAAAAACAACAACACCACCAACAGCAACAACAAGCAGCAUACCAAAAGAAAACGAACAGAGCCCAAAGCAGAGUGCGCCGCAAGCCAGCAGCGACGCUGAAGACGAAGCCGACGUUGACGUUGACGUCGACGUUGGCCUUGAGGCGCCAAAGCCACGUUAUUACGGCGCUGGCGUUGUUCUAACGCAAGCCCAGCGCAAAGAAUAUCCACACGAACGCCUUAGCAAAGAGAAAGUGCAAAGCGCUGAGGCGGACGUUGACGUUGACAGCGGCAGCAACAGCAGCAGCGAUACGGACGAGAGCGACUCCGAUGACGGCUGCAAAUUGAUUGUGGACGAAAAGCCGCUGCUACCAAUCGAACAGCCUCUGUCGCUGCGCAUGCGCAGCAGCCCGCCAACAGCAGAGCAGCGACCGAGUCCACCGCCGCCGCGCAUACCCGCAGUUCGCUGCAGCGUUAUACAACGAGCGCCGCAGAGCAGCGAAAGCAGCAACAGUAGUGAGCUGCUAUACAAGCAGCAACAGCAGCAACGGGAACAGCAGCAGCAACUGUUAUACCAGCGUACGCUUGACUUAGAGCAGUUGGGACCCGAGCAACAGGAGCCAAUUGAUUAUCACGUGCCGCGUCAACGCAGCGCCAGCUACGACAGCGACGACGAGCUGAACGCUCGGCGACUGCAGCGUGCGCGACGCGUACGCGAGGCCCGGCGCCGCAGCAGCUAUUUGGCAGCGCGCGUACUGCAGCUAAAUCCGCGUUUGGUGCGCAGCCUGCCGGGCAUAUUGGCAGCGGCCGCUGGACACGGACGCAGCAGCAAUAGCAGCCAAGGCUUUCAGGCGAGCAACGGCUUUAGCCAGGGCGGAGGAAGCGGCGGCAGCAGCGGAGGUAGCAGCGGAGCUGGUAGUGGCGCUGGCAGCGGCGGCGGUAGCGGAAGCGGCAGCUUUGGUAGCGGCGCCGGCGGUGGUGGUAUGGGCGGCGGCCGUGACGGACGCGGCAAUUACGGACCUAAUUCACCGCCCAGCGGCGCAUUGCCGCCAUUUUACGAGAGCCUAAAGAGUGGCCAAAGCAGCGGUAGCGGCAGCGGCAGCGGCAGUGGCAGCGGCGUCGGCGUCGCUGUUGAUGCGCAUAGCAAUUCGCAGUUUCUCAUACAAAACGCAGCUGCAGCAGCUUAUCUAAUGUCCAAUCAGCAGUAUAACUGUAAUGGAGGCGGAGGUGGAGGCGGCGUUGGGGGUGGCGGAGACGGCAGCGGCGGCGGAGCCGGUGGUGUAGGAGGUGGAGCUGGUGGAGCAGGCGCUGUUGGUAUCGAUGCCUAUGGCAUCAUAUUGAAAGAUGAGCCCGACAUCGAAUACGACGAAGCCAAGAUCGAUAUUGGAACGUUCGCCCAAAAUAUCAUACAGGCGACAAUGGGCAGCGGGGUUGGCAGCGCGGCAGCAGCGGCUGCCGCUGCGGCAGCGGCCGCUGCUGCGUCGGGCAAUAGCUUUGCGGCCAGCGCCUAUGAGGAUGCGAUUAUGAACGAUUUGGCUGGCAGCGGCGCCGGCGGCGGUGGUCAAUGCACGAAUGCUGGCAGCGUUGAUCCUCUACAAUUUACCGCUACACUCAUGCUCAGCUCCCAGACGGAUCAUCUGCUCGAGCAGCUGUCGGACGCUGUGGAUCUCAGUUCGUUUUUGCAGCGCGGCUGCGUCGAUGUCGACGACGAUGACGAACACUCGACGAACAACAACAGCCCCGCCCACCAUCAGCGAGCGGACUUUGAAUUGGUUUCGACGCCGUCGCUGACGCCUGACUCGGAUGCUGUGUCGGUGACGCCGCAUGCGGCAGCCCAAUUGGAUGCGUUGCACGAGAAUCUGCUGACGCAGCUGACGAACAAUAUGACGCGCAACAGCAAUAACAACGGCGGCAACAAUGUUUACAAUGCGCCGCAACAUGUUGCGCAGCAGCAUUUGCAGCAGCAUGUUGUCAAUGCACAGCAGCAGCAGCAACAGCAACACUUGCAACAGCCGCCACCCUCGUAUCAGCACGCCACGCGCAACUUGUUGCAAAUGCAGCAGCAACACAAUGGCGGCGGCAACAACAACAACAGCAACAGCUACCAUCAGCAGCAGCUGGCACAGCAGCAACAGCAAUUGCUGCAACAGCAACAUCACACGCACCAUCAGCAACAACAGCAGCAGCAGCAACAGCAGCAGCAGCAACACUUCCAUCAGCAACAUAAUCUCUAUGCACAACAGCAGCAUCAUGCCCAACAGCAGCAGCAGCAGCAACAGCAUCAUUUCCAUCAGCAGCAACAACAUCAUGCCCAUCAUGCACACCAGCAACAUCAGCAACACUCACACCAGCAGCAGCAGCAGCAACAUGCACACCAACAACAGCAGCAGCAACAUCAACAUCAACAGCAGCAACAGCAUCAUCAUCACAACGACAACAGCAAUCUGUCGCUGCCGUCGCCAACGACAGCUGCCGCAGCUGCAGCAGCAGCAGCUGCUGCUGUUGCCGCACUGCGACCCAUGUCCAGCAGCAGCAGUAGCAGCUCCAAUCUGCUCGAUGCGAAUACAGCGGCAGUUGCUGCUGCCGCAUUGCUCGAUACCAAGCCGCUGAUACAAAGCGUAAGUGCCAACAAUAUCUUAAAGCCCAAUAGCAACAGCAACAACAGCGAGUCACCAGCUGAGUCGGUGACCUACAUGCUGCUCAACAGCAGCAACUAUUGCAGUAGCACCAACAACAGUAACAGCAACAGCAGCAGCAGCACCAGCAGCAGCAAAAACAUCUGCAAUUUAAGCAUCAAAUCGAACAGCAGCAACAGCAGCAGCAGCAGCAACAGCAACAGCAAUAACAUUUCAAAGUUAGGCGGCCGCUCAAAGGCCGCUACCUAUGGCUCCACUGUGGUCACGAUCUACUCUACAGUUAGGCCAUCGCCAGAGUUGCCCGCCCAGCGGCAGGUCCAUCGGGCCACACUGCGUUCGCUUGCCAGCGAAGCGGCGGCCGCAGCAGCGGGUCUGUUGCCGCCAUCGUCGACCAUUUCGGUGAUCAAUGAGAGCAAGAUGCUGCAGCGGCUGUUGGGUCUGCCGCCCGAUCUGCAGCUGGAGUUCGUGAAUGGAGGCCAUGGCAUUAAGAAUCCGCUGGCCGUGGAGAACACGCAUGGAGGACAUCAUCAUCAUCGCAUACGCAGCAAUAUGGAUUGCAUCGAAGAUCUCAAGCAUGGUCAGCAGCAGCAGCAGCAGCAACAGCAGCAACAACAGCAGCAGCAGCAACAGUCGCUGCAACAGCAACACCAGCAGCAACAGUUGCUGCAGCAGCAACAACACUCGCCGCAGCAGCAGCAUCAUCAUCGCAACAGCAACAACAAUAGCAGCAGCAGUGUCAGCAGCAACAGCAGCAAUCAAGGCGACUCGCUCUGCCCCAGCAACAACAGUGGCGCCGAGGAUGCCAACAACAAGUUCGUUUGCCGUGUCUGCAUGAAGACCUUCUCGCUGCAACGUCUGCUCAAUCGGCACAUGAAGUGCCACUCGGACAUCAAGCGGUAUCUGUGCACGUUCUGCGGCAAGGGCUUCAAUGACACCUUCGACCUGAAGCGGCAUACGCGCACCCACACGGGCGUGCGUCCCUACAAGUGCAACCUGUGCGAGAAGAGCUUCACGCAGCGCUGUUCCCUAGAGUCGCAUUGCCAAAAGGUGCACAGUGUGCAGCAUCAGUAUGCCUACAAGGAGCGACGCGCCAAGAUGUACGUUUGCGAGGAAUGCGGCCACACGACCUGCGAACCGGAGGUCCAUUAUCUGCACCUGAAGGACAAUCAUCCGUUUUCGCCGGCCCUGCUUAAGUUCUACGACAAACGUCACUUCAAGUUCACCAAUUCGCAGUUCGCGAACAAUUUGCUCGGCCAGUUGCCGAUGCCGGUGCAUAACUAACUAACCAACUAAACUGUAGAGAUACAUAUAUAUAUAUAUAUAUACCAAUAUAUAUACAAUAUGAACUAGCUGUACUUAGCUUAAGAUCUAAGGUAAACUAACUGAAAAGAAAAAACGUAAAUGCAAAUUCAACUUUAAGCUGAAGUUUUAUGAAAACUGCCCCCACGAAAAUGGAGAGAUUAUGUUUUGUACAUUUAUAAUACAACAUUAUAUCACGCACACACACAUCAUAUAUAUAUUUAUAUAUAUCUGUAUUCAUAUCUAUAUCUCAUUUAGUUGCUAGACACCUAAUCGAUAGAGAACAAAGCAAAAUAUUUAAUU